CAGGAAGAAGUUACCUGUUGAAUCUUACUAUCCAUUCUCUUCCCAGCCUUUGUAGCUAACCCUAAGAGGGAAGCCGCAAGCCACUAGCCUCUUCUGAAAAAGAGACCCAUUGGCGGACUGUGUCUUGGGAACCCUCUUGGCCUCUGGAAGAGAAAAGAACGGGGGCCAGUUUUCCGCAGCAAAAGGAACGGCCCGUCUGGGCUUCCUCCCGUCUGUGUAUUUCCUAGCCCCCAAACGACAGAGCCAUAUGGCUUCCGCGGUCUGGGGGAGUGCUCCCUGGUGGGGCCCACCGCCCCCAGCCCCAGCCCGGCCGCUCACGGACAUCGACUUCUGCUCUGGGGCGCAGCUACAAGAACUAACCCAGCUGAUCCAGGAGCUGGGUGUGCAGGCGAGCUGGAGUGAAGGUCCCAAGCCAGGACCAGAUCUCCUCCAGGCCAAGGACUUUGUUUUCUCUUUGCUUGGUCUCGUUCACCGCCGGGACCCUCGCUUUCCUCCUCAGGCAGAGCUCUUGCUGCUUCGUGGCGGGAUUCGCGAGGGCUCCCUGGAUCUGGGGCCUGCGCCUCUAGGUCCCUACGCUCGGGGACCUCACUACGACGCCGGCUUCACACUCCUGGUGCCCGUGCUUUCGCUAGAUGGCACUGGGCAGGAGCUGCAACCGGACGUGGGAUCCUGUUACGCAUGGCUCUUCCUCCCAGAGCAGGUACGCGGAACCUCGGUCCGGGAGGCAUGGCAGGAUUGCCUAGGACCCCCAGUCCCAGGAGGACGUGAUUCGAUCCACCCAGCCCAAAGCAAAGAAACUCCCAAGGAUCCGCAAAUCUCCGUGGACCAGCUACACGGUGACGUCACUGAGCCUGAGGCACACGAGUCUUUGGAAAACUCACCUAGUAAUGUUUCAGUGCCAGAAUUGCCUCAACAAGACGUAACCGAUAUUGACUUUACCUCACCAAUGAAAAAAACGAAUGGUGACGUCACCAAAGCAGCCGAAGUUAGCCCAGUGCCACAGCCGUCGGAGGCUCCGGAGGCAUGGCCCACAUUGUGCCCCGCCCAGGUGGCUGCCUGGUUCUUUGCUUCACUGGCUGCGGUCGCUGAGUCCCUGUUUCCGGUCCCGGGUGCCCCGCGCUUGGUCCACGCAGCCCGCCACGCGGGGGUCACCACCAUCCUCGUGGCUACGCCCGGGCCCCCGCGCCGCCUCUUGCUUUUCGACUUGAUCCCCGUGGUGUCCGUGGCCGGCUGGCCCCAGGGGGCUCGGAGCCACUCGUGGGCCGGCCCGCUGGCCUCGGAGUCGUCUUCCUUCUACCUGGUGCCCGGCGGCGGCGGCACAGAGCGGCCGGACGCCCCCGGCUGGCAGCUCUGCUUCGCCCGCCAAGAGCUGGCGCUCAAGACGCGCAUACCCGUUCCCCUGCUGCAAGCGCACGCGGCGGCCCAGGCGCUGCUGCGCCCGCUGGUGGCAGGGACUAGGGUCGCGGCGCCCUACCUCCUGCGGACGUUGCUCUACUGGGCGUGCGAGCGGCUGCCCGCGCUCUAUCUGGCGCGACCCGAGAAUGCGGGCGCCUGCUGCCUCGGGCUGCUGGAUGAGCUGGGCCGGGUGCUCGAGGCUGGGACGCUGCCCCACUAUUUUCUGAGUGGCCAAAAGCUCCGUGCGGGGGACGGCGCCGCUUCGCUGCUCGGGGCGUUGGGCCUGCUUCGCAGGGACCCUGCCCUCGCCCUGCGCGCCGCUGUGGAAGAGGCCAAGGCUGCACGCAAGGGGGGCGGCUUAGCCGGCGUAGGAGGCGGGGCCCAUUAA